GCGCUUACUGAAAACGAAAAAAACAAGGUAUCCAGACGGAUCAAUAGCCUGAAGAGAUAGGAAAGUCUAGACUCAGGUCUCAUCUCUUUCGGCGCGGGUCAUUCGUGGUGUGGAAGCUGGGAUUGCGUAUCGAUUAGUGCCGUUCAUGUUAGCUGCGAAUCUAGUCCGGGCAAAUGCAGGGGAGCUUCAAGAUUCAGCUCAUAAACAUGGGCACACGGGCGGCUGCCUUCACGGCGAAGAUCCGCAGCCUGUAUGACUGCCAGCUGCGGCUGAUGCACAACAUCCAGCCGCUGCCGUCGGGUAUUGACAUCGCGAACACCGUCAAGUACUUCUCACAGACGCUGCUCAGCGUCCUCAAAGAUGUCCCCCGCUCUCCCCUGGAGAUGCUGCGCGACGCGGACAACGAUCCCGACCGGAUGAUACUCUAUCCCAACCUCGACUACAAGGGGUUGUUUAACGCUAUAUCCCAGCUCGUCGAUGCUGCCCCACAUCUGCAGUAUGGUAUACAGGCAUUCGGCCAAGCAGUCCUUCAGUGCCUGGGCUGUCUGCUCCCAUUCCUGGAGUACGACAUGAUCGACAACUUACCAUAUCUGGUGGCUUACUGCGUGGCUGUCUUCCCAGUGACGCUGCAUCAGCAGAUACUGCACCUGCUGUGCUAUUACAUACUGCCCUUUACUAUCACACGUCGCUAUUCCGGCCUAGAAGAGGAAAGCCAGGCGUCUCAGUCUGUAGCAGCCAUUGUCAUGAUGGUAUUCCAGCAUUCUAGCAACCCAGCCCACCACUGCCAACUCCUGGAAUGCCUCAUGUCCAUGAAGCAGACAGUCGUCAAAGACAUCCUCUGCGUCAUCGCAUACGGAACUUGGGGCGCGAGGCUGUCAGCCGCCAAACUGCUGUUCUACUACUGGCCCCCGUUUGACGCCAAGCUGUUUGACAGGAAGGGCCUGCUGUGCAAGUUUUCAAACGACCUCGUCCCAUUCCUGUGCCAACGGGACAUGUGUCCCAACGCGGGCACAGCGGAGGCCGCGAAGGUGUGCUACGACCACUGCAUCAGCGUCACCUUCGCGUCCGACAGCCCGCCGCCGCUGUAUCUGUGCAUUGAAUGCGCUAAUGAGAUCCACAGAGAGCAUCCGAAUCAAAGAUUCUUUGAUAUCCUGCAUCCACAACAACAAGUAUCAAUGGUCUGCGAGAAUAAGAACUGCCGCUCCACAGAUAAGGCGGCCUUCUCAAUUUGCUUCUCGAACGAGUGUGCAAGUUAUAAUGGCAACCAUCCUAUCAGAUACUGCCAGCAGUGCCACGGCAACCGCCACAACAGUCGACGCGGCGGCGACCACGUGGUGCACACGCGACUGCCGCACGCGUGGCAGAUGGAUAGCGAUAUGCAGACCAACCUCGUGGAAGCUAUCAUGAGUUUAAUGAAGGAAGCGAAACCGAUCAGCCUGGAAGACCCUGACAACACCAGCCAGAGUGAGGUCAUGAAGCCGCCGGUCUCAGCGAACUUUUCCGACCCCAUCUCGGUGGAAGACCGACAGCUUUUGGGCAGGUAUGGAGUCUGGUUAAUGGUGGGACUGUGCACGCCAAACCCUGACACUCCAGACGAAGUCUUGGGCCGCUUGCUGUCGGUGCUAUUCCACUGGUUCCACGUCACGUCCUUCUCUUAUGUCGGGGAAACAGCAACAACAGUAGAGAAGCUCAAGAUCGAGCACGUCUGCGGUUGGCUACGCGGCCUGGCAGAGACGCACCGCGACGUGCUCAUCGCGUGCCUGAAGCCGCAUCCUCCUCAAUACACACGGGCCGCGGGUCAUUGGGAGAACCUGGCCUCCAAGACCAUCCACCUCAAGGACGGGCUCAACAGAUUAUACUGCCUGAUUCCUUACGGCAUAGUCACGCAGUCUAUUUGGGACAUAAUCAUGCCGACUUGGAUGGAAUCUAUAUGCAACGAAGUACCAGAAAGGGAACUUCUAGACCUAAAAAUACCUCUAGCAAAGAUCUUAGAGCCAGACGGGACUAUGGUGGGGGUUGACGAGAAGAAACUCUACAACUUCGCUAUGAUCAAGGUCACUGAAACUCCUACACCAGACACCGUAUUGCCUGUGCUGGAGUGGUUCCAGGUUCGAUUCUAG